AUGACGAAUCCGUUCGUUAAGAAGAAUCGAGAGAAAAAGGACACACCGGAAAAGCCGGUAAUAUCGGAACCAAGUAAUUUCGAACAUACUGUUCAUGUUGGUUACGACCCUUCCACGGGUGAAUUUACGGGUAUGCCAUCGGCAUGGGCACGUUUAUUAAUGGAAUCGCAAAUCUCAAAGCAAGAACAACAACAAAAUCCGCAAGCAGUUCUUGAUGCGCUAAAGUACUAUACACAAGGCGAGAAUGGCUCACAACAAAAGUGGCUGCAAUAUGAUAUGAGGUCAAAUAUUGAGUUGAAAAGCUCCCAAAAACAACUAGCUCCACUUCCAAAAUCAUCGAGUAAUGCUAUCAAGCCAUCUAUGACACAGGGCUAUAGCAAUGUGAACGAGAACCGGACGAGCAUGCCACCGAGUUAUGCUCCUCCACCUGUGCCAGAGGAUGAGGAUCCUGCUGAUUGUGUGCCACCACCGAUUCCUGAUCGCCCUGCUAGAACGCUGAGCAUUUAUACAAAACCAAAGGAGGAGGAGGAACGCAUCCCAGACUUGUCUCAAGGACAGUUUGGAGUACAGUCAAGAGGAGUUACAAAAGGAAAAAGGAAGAUGACUGAUGCUGAGGUUUUAACGAAGUUAAGGUCUAUUGUAACGAUAGGGAAUCCUGACAAAAAGUACAGGAAAAUCGACAAAAUCGGUUCAGGAGCAUCGGGAUCUGUAUACACUGCUAUGGAGAUGAGUACUGGUGCUGAAGUUGCUAUCAAGCAAAUGAAUCUUAAGGAUCAACCAAAAAAAGAACUUAUUAUAAACGAAAUUCUUGUAAUGCGCGAAAAUAAACAUGCAAAUAUUGUUAAUUAUCUCGAUUCCUACCUCGUUGGAGAUGAACUAUGGGUCGUUAUGGAGUAUUUAGCUGGAGGUUCUCUUACGGAUGUCGUGACGGAAUGUCAGAUGGAGGAAGGUAUGAUAGCUGCUGUAUGCAGAGAGGUUCUUCAAGCCUUGGAGUUUUUGCAUAGCCGACAUGUGAUUCAUAGAGAUAUUAAGUCGGAUAACAUUUUGCUAGGAAUGGAUGGAUCUGUAAAACUAACUGAUUUUGGAUUUUGCGCUCAAAUAUCUCCUGAGCAGAACAAACGAACAACAAUGGUUGGAACACCGUAUUGGAUGUCUCCUGAAGUAGUUACUAGAAAGCAGUAUGGUCCAAAAGUAGAUGUUUGGUCACUUGGAAUUAUGGCCAUCGAAAUGGUUGAAGGAGAGCCUCCGUAUCUUAACGAGAAUCCGUUAAGGGCUAUUUACCUCAUCGCAACAAAUGGAAAGCCCGACUUCCCAGGAAGAGACCAAUUAUCCGCAUCGUUUAAGGACUUUAUCGACUGCGCAUUGGAAGUUGUAGUUGACAAUCGUUGGUCAGCAAGUCAAUUACUAACUCAUCCGUUUCUCCGAUGUGCUAAGCCACUAGCAUCAUUGUACUACCUCAUCGUUGCCGCAAAGAAAAGCAUAGCUGCAAGUUCGUAG